GCACGGCUCGGUUCGGCUCGGCACGGCUCAGCGCCCCGCGCCAUGGUCCGGAGCUUUCCCGGCGCGGGGCUCGUCCUGGCGGCGGCCGCGGCGCUCUGCCUCGGCGAGGCGGGAGGCAAGGUGUAUUAUUCCUGUGGUGCAGUGGUGGAGUCGAUGGAAAGAGGCCUGAUUUUAUCACCAGGCUUUCCAAACAACUACUACCCCGGGACACACUGCGUUUGGCAGUUUUUCAUUCCCAUGAGAACCCACCUGAUCCUGGAGAUUUUUGACUUUGACAUUUUUGAGAGCUCCAGUGAAACCCCCACGCCCUGGGAUGGCUUCUCGACCCCUGCUAAGCCAGGCAAUAAGGACAUGCCUUCACUGGAGGAAAGCCUGGACGUCACUCUCCCUGCGACUAAGCCUUCUCUCCAGACGUGGAUGUCGAAGGUGGCUCGGAACAGGAGCAGCACGGGAGAUCAGCCAAAGGACCUUGCUAGUCACCUGGUUGAAUUCCCAGGAGCUGCCUCAAAAAAGGACGAAGCUAAACAAGCAUCUGAAGAAAAUCAGUCGAAGCAGGUGAAGGAACCCAAAGCAAUUACCAAGGCUCAACCAGAAGUGCCACUCCCUGUGGCUGGUAGUGCCACAGUGCGGACACGAAACACCAGUGGUCUGGAAACAAAGGAAGAUUUGAAAGGGAAGGUCUUGCUUGCCCAUCUCGCUGCAGAGAGAGGUGAAGUUACAGUAGAGAGCUGGACUCUUCCAACAACAGUGCUGCCCAUGGAAAUCUCCUCCAGCCCGCAGCCAGCGGUGGAUAUCUGUCCCCACGAUGUACUCUAUGUUUCUGAUCUCAUCACGUUUUCCUCUCGCUUCUGUGGACCAAACUCACCUUUAAACAAGACCAUGGUCUUUGGUUCCUCUCUGGAAAUGGUUGAGGUUAUCAUGGAACUGAUCACCACCACAGACCGGGGCCGAGGCUUCGCAAUGCUCUUCGAGUACAAGAACAUCAGUGAACCUGGCGCUGUAGAUGCCCUGAGGCAGGAGAGGAAGGCAAACCUGCUGAUGCUGGCAGUUACAACAGGGAUCAUCUUCUUUGCAUUCGUUUUGCUCUCUGCCCUCUGCAUAGCUUACAGGCAGAGAACGUGCCCCAAAAGGAACUCAUCCAACGCAUGCAGUGACCAGGAGAACGGGAUCCAGAACUCCGCCGUCGAUAUCAAUGAGCUGCAGCUGGUGGUGCCAAGCCGGGAGAACGAAAACAACAACCACUCUGUCAGCCGGGGGCAGGCGGUGCCUUCCUGUGAAGGCAGCACAGAACGGUCUCCUCAGGACACUGACCCAGAUGUGCCCUCCUCCAUCUCUGCAGUGACAACCGAGACGGGGAGUGAUGAGGUGUUCAUUAUUUCUGCUGGACCUGGGGCCAGUGGGCUCAGCUUUACCACCUACAGAAUACAGGAGAAGAACCUCAAGAGAAGCGUGACAAGCCCAGCCUCCGUGUCCGACUGGCUGACUUCUCAUCACACGCCAGCGGGAGCAGAUGCUGCCGAGAAGGGGAAGGUCCAGCUGGAAAAUCCCUGUCCCAGGCAGCGCACGUGGAGUGCUCGCACAUUCCAGGACUUGCUGGCUCCGAUCCCGCAGCUACAGAAAAAGUGGUGUAGCUGGACCACCAACAGCCCCUUCACGAAGCUGGCUGACAGCAGUGGUUUUCCUACAGAAGCAAGAUCCCAAGGUGUCCCAACCAGAAAGGUUAUCUCAGCCACUGAGAUAGAAGGAGCAUCAGAGACAGUUUACUCGGAUUCCUCUGUCAGUAAUGCCUCCUACCCCCUCACUCUGUCAGCGCAAAGGCAGCGGAAGCUAAGCUCCUGCAAUUUGAAGAAAUCCAGGUUUGGGAAUCCUUAUUUUGGAUUUUUAGCCAGUUCCCCUGACAGCAAACAUGUGAGGUCCUCGGAUCCCUCAAGACAUCUAGGAGCAGCUUCUCCAGUUAACAGCCAAAGCCCCAGAAAACUUCUAGAGAGCUCCAACCCACUGAAAAUCAACUUGGUCAAUGGGUCAAAAACAAAAGAGCUUACAGCAGAAACAGAUAAAACCAAACCAGUUUUUGUUAUUUCUGAAGAAGGAGAUGAUCAGCAGCCUCUGGUCCUAGCAGAACAUCUUAGUCAGUGUGGAGAUCAUCUACCAGAGCAAAAUGCUGCGUAUGCUCCAGCUGUGCCAGCUAAGCAGCCAGCAGUUGUGACUGAGGAGGGGAACAGUUCUGCCAAUUUCAUGUCAAAUCUUUCCCUCUGGGCAAAAUCCCCUGCUUUAUACAAGGGCCACAUGAAGGCCUCUAACUCUUCCAGGGACCAGCAGAGCUCCUCAAUCGUAGAUGCUAACACCACCGAGACACUGCUGAACUGUGAUGCCCUAGCUGCUCCUACACCAUGUCAAGCUUCAGUGCAGUGAUGCCAACAGAGGCAACGGGGAUGUGAUCAGAGUGGAAGCUGUGCCAAGCAGCUGAGUGAGGCAGCCACAGGGGGACAAAACUGUGUUAAGAGCAGCCUUUGCUUUCCACCCUAUGAAGAUGCACAGCACAAGUGCCACCUUCAUUUAUGCUUGCUAGUGUCAUCUCUCUCCCUCUGCAUGAGAUUUUGAUGUGGCUUAUACAAGACAACAUCCUCAGACUGCAGAAAACCUUUCCUAGAUAAAGAGAUGGAGGUCACCUGAGAAGGCUACGCUGUGGUUUGUGUCUGAAGUGUAAAUCAGCCCUCCAGCACUGUGGUAUCACUGGAGUCUUUCUGGUGAGAGCUAGGAGGGAAAUUCUGUUUAUAGCUUUGCCUGUACAAUCCAAGCCUUGCCAAGCCAAGGGUAAGAAUUCACUCAUGCAUGUUUGCAUACAGUUUUGUAAACUUAUUUUUAAGCAUUUCCUAACUUCUGCACUCUGGCACCAACUUUACCAACCAUUAGCCUCUCUAGUGUUAGUGACCACGAUUAUCUCAUACCCUAACUCUUUAGAGAAGUGCACAGACAAGCCCAGCAAACCAAUACUGGAUCCUAGUUCUAGGAAAGUCUGAUGUAGCUUUAUCUUUCUGAGGUCUACAGAGGCUUAGCACACCCCAGUCCACAACAUUUUUAAGUAACUCCUCAUGGCAACAGGAGCAUGUGUACAAAAUACUGUAAAUGCUAGGAAUAGUCUUGAGCAUCCAGCACUUGGAUCUUGGCAGCUGCUCUGAUCCUGUAUCCACCAGCUAUUUAUUGCUGGUAACGCACACCGACUAGAGAACCAUUUCCCUUCCUGCAGCAGGCAAGACUAAGUGGAGCAAAGCUUGAGUGCUUACUUUCUCUAGAAAUGAGCUGCUAGGUGGCUGUGCCUCCCUGAUUACAAAUCCAGGGCAUUCAAUGGAACACUGAACCAAAGGGAAGCCUGCUAGCCCUAUUGCCUUUAAUAACCCCAUCAGUAUUUUAGCUGCCUCCUGGUGACAUUUCCCUACCUACAAGAGCCUCAGCAGCCCACAGCUUCCUUUUUCUUUGCUUCCUUAAACAAAAGCAAGUCCCUGUGAAGCUGCAGUUUGCAGCUGACACAGCACAUUAUUUGAAAGCAGCAGCAUGUCAUGAAACAGGUGUUAGAAACCUUCCAUACAAGUCUUCCCCUGCCAUAGCUACAGUCUGCAUGGAGUUCUCUUAAUCCUUCUACGUGAAGGCAUUGAAGUCUGACUCCUGAAACGUUUAGCUCCCGAGUUCACCUGCUCUUCCAGCUUCCAUUUGCCACCUAGUCAUGUCUGAGAUAUGCCACACAAGAUUGCAGGUUCUGCCUUAAGUUUUGUGUGUUUAUGUGUCUGCACAAGCACAGAGGCCUUGUGACUGGUAGCAGUGGAAGCAGAAACACAUAUGCCCUUUAGCAGUGGACUCAAACAUGGACAGCAAGCAGGUCUCUGCAUCUGUUGUUACCUGGCUCUGCUGAGUAAUUAUGGAGCAGAGAGGUCUGGCUCCAAGUUAAGAGUUCUUUUUGUUGCUGUUGUGUGUUGUUUGUUGGGGUUUGUUUGGGGACUUUUGCUUGGGUGUUUUGAUUAAUGGUACAAGAUUCAAAGGCAAGAGCUAAUAUAUUUAUGAUUUAAGAAAAUUUAUGACUGAAGAAGCCUUCCAUGCUCUAAUAACAACUUCCACUGCAUUACUUUUAUACACAUUGUGACUCAGAGUCAGCCUUCUGUUAUUACACUUCUAAAGAGUGAAGUACUAAAAGCUACUUUUGAGAAGUGCUUGUGUUCAGUUACUGACAGCAGCUACCCUUGAAGGGCUGGGGAAAGUGGCUUUUUUAAUAAAAGUGUGUCUAACUA